UUGAAGGUGAGACCCCGUUCACCACUGUCAACGCCCAGCGGAAGUGGUUGAUUUCUACUUCGAGUGCAAAACUUUGUGUCGAAAUAACACUUAUCACUUGGAAUACUAAAACUUUAGGAUUAUUUUGGAUUGAGGUUCCAAAAUGCAGACGAUAAAAUGUGUAGUGGUGGGCGAUGGAGCCGUUGGUAAAACUUGCCUCCUCAUCUCAUAUACGACAAACAAAUUUCCAUCAGAAUAUGUUCCAACAGUAUUUGACAAUUAUGCUGUGACAGUAAUGAUAGGAGGUGAGCCGUACACACUUGGUCUCUUUGACACAGCAGGACAAGAGGAUUACGACCGACUGCGACCUCUCAGUUACCCACAGACGGACGUCUUCCUCGUGUGUUUCUCAGUAGUGUCUCCUUCAUCAUUUGAAAACGUGAAAGAAAAGUGGGUACCAGAAAUUACACAUCAUUGCCAGAAGACGCCAUUUCUGUUGGUCGGAACACAAGUCGAUCUCCGCGACGAUGCGGGUACGACAGAAAGACUCGCCAAAAACAAACAAAAGCCAAUUACGUUCGAGUCUGGAGAAAAACUUGCUAGGGAAUUAAGAGCUGUCAAAUAUGUAGAAUGUUCAGCUUUAACACAGAAAGGACUGAAGAAUGUUUUCGAUGAGGCCAUUCUGGCCGCAUUAGAACCACCAGAGCCACCAAAGAAGAAGAAGUGUAUGAUCUUAUAAGAUGCACCGACUCCCUAGUGAAACAGUAAAAUUUAUGAUGAGACUCUGCUUGUUCUCAUGCAGUGAUCUAUCUUCAUUGAUGGAAGUUUGACUUAAAGGUGACUGCGGGUUACAACAUACCAAAUGGGACAUUCUCAACUUACAUGUGGGAUCUGGACCUACAGAUUGUGAUUUGGGUCAUAGAUUCAGAUUAUCGAAGUGGACUUCUGUAUAAGUUCAUAAUCUUUGAUGAGUUUUGGAUUGAAAUUACUAAACAGGAUGUGAACCUACUUAUUUCAAAACAAUAUGGACUAAAUCUUUGUUUAAAUGGAAGGGUUAAGAUUUCAAAUAGAAUACAAAAGUGUAUGGCCUUAUUAUGGAGGUCUGGUAUUUAAAUUAUAUCCCAUUGUUCAUUGUGACGGUCUUGCUGUCCAAUUAUGUGUAUUCCGGCUUUCAGGGCAUGUGUGCAGUAUUAAUCAGUCGAGGCUGAUAUUCAAGCCACCAUACCUGUCACAUGUGUCACUUUGAUUUAUCACUUCAUGUGUACGAAAUGCAAUCUUGUAUCAGAUGUCAUUGUCAAUGCAUUGGAUUCGCGAGUUGUAAACUCCCUUAAAGCAAACAGGGUCAAGGUUGUCGGGUUCUGCCUGGUUUGCUGUGUCAUAUCCUAACAGCAACCAGUGUAUUUAUGGAUGAACAGGUUUCAUCUUGAGCUAAAGUGACUGGUAUUUAAAACGAAUCGUCAUGACUACUUAUGAUUGCGAGGGAAAGAAAAUUGCCUACAGCGUUAUUUCUGUCUGUCAUCUGCUGGUGUUGACACAUUCAUGCAGCAGUGUAUGCGGAUAGUGAUACAUGAAAUUCCCCAUGCACACAAAUAGUGAACCAGAUGGACAAGACCUAAAUUGGACUUCAAUGAGUCCAGAAAUUUGACUCCCUUGCCUAUGGGACCAAAGUUGAUGUGAUCAGGUUGUAGUCGUUUUUCAUUGCAAGUGCAUUUUGCUUUGCUUUGCUUUUCUGACACAUAACUUAUUCAAUACCAAUUUGCAAUCCUGUGUUUACAAAUAGCUAAGAUUUUCUUUCGACCACUUUCCAUGGUACUGAUCAUAAUGGUCUGCUGUCCUAUUUAUUUCACUGUGAAUGGCCACAGGAACUUGGGUGCCUGGUGCAGUAGUUGUGCCCUUCAUGGUGUUCAGGUUGUCACCUCACAUGCUGUGCUGAAGUACAUUGUCGUUUGCUUCUUUUACUGUACAGCACACAUGACAGAGCACCAAAUAGGUUUUUGGUCGUGAUCGCUAUCGUAUCUUAAUUGCUUUGCACACUCACUGAAGCACUUGUAGCUUGGCAAUGUUUUUAUCACACUAUCGUUCAGUGUACAACUUUCGCUCAUGCUCUACUAGUUUUGCUCUUUUAAUGCUUGUCAGGUCAGGCUGAGUGCACUCAACAUUCAGCUGCUUCUUGGACUAGUGUUGUGCACAGUGGCAAUCGAAUUGAUCUUGCAGUCAUUGAAACAAAGUGACCAUCAGUAGUUGCUGUAAGGAGCAAAACUGAUAUAAGUAGAGUUUUUCGUACAAUUUAUGUUCUGUGAAUUUUCUGCUGAUGGUACUGUGAACGAGAGUGUUGAUAAAGUUUUCGAGCUAGCUAUCUUGGAAUCUUAAAGCAUACAUAUAGUGUCCCGUGUCUUAAUUUAACUUUGUAAUCGGCAGGAGGCAAAAAAUUGGAUAAUUUUUUGUACAGCAUUGUUUUAUAGUGCAAGUUGCUACACUUUUCCACAUUUGUAUGUGUUCCAGGUGUGAUGACAAAUUGGUGAAUGCCAUAGAAUAGAAAAGUUCAUAUGUUUAGUGUUGAAACCAGUUAGAUUGUGUUUGGCAUGAAAUUCCUUUCAAUGUGACUGCAAAACAGAACAAUUCACAUAUGUACAUAAUAAUUAUUGUAGUGUAGCUGUUUGGAGAAGUAUAUCAUAUAUAUUAUCCCUGGCAUGACUGUUGGCUUGACCACAGUGUCAAGUUCGUCAUUGAUAAAGAGCAGUUUGUUUCGUAAAAAUGGACACUUAAGUCCAAAGGGAAAAAAAAUGAAAUACGAAAAUCAUGUCGUCAUCGUAUGAGUGAAAGAUGUGACCCAUAUGAAGCUCAAAUGUGCUCAAACCUUUUCUGAUUCGUGUAACUCAGAUAAACUAUUAAGUUUCCAACAAAGAUUCCUCACUUCGUGGCCUGUACUUUCGGGUCUCUUCACCCGAGAACAUCAGAGCGAAGAUGAUUUGGUAUUUAGGUCACCACCGUGUCAUUGCUAAGCAGCCUAGAUGAAAGCGUGUAAGGAUGUCCGUCGCUAUUUAGAUAGAUUGCUUUGCAUAUUUCGACAUAGAACAGUGGUUUAAUGAUUGUGUUGCCAAUACCGUCUAAAAUGCUUAUUUUCCUCAAGUUGUUGGAAUAACUCUAAACUAAUAUUGCUAGGGUGGAUUGCAAUUAACUUGAGAUAUAUAAUAGGCCAACAAACUUGACUGUUGGCAACAUUAAUUUCUGUUCUCAGUGUAAGGAAGGGAGGGUAUCCGGUCUGUUCCAGAGAGUUUAUACUCUUUUCCAAGUUUUAGAGGGGAAUGGCAAGGAUAGAACUGAAUCCUGCUUCUUAUAGUUUUUUGGUCCAAUUUACAUGAAAAUAUAAAUGUUACUAAAAAACACUCGGCCAUAAUGUGUAUUGUUGUGAGAAAUUACCAAUGUUUUUGUGGAAAUUUGUUGAACACUGUACCUUACACUGGGAAAACUGCUUGUUUAAAAUGCGUUUGAGUGAAACUUAAGAGUUUCUGUUCCACUAAUAUUAUUAUUAUUAUUAGUACAUUUGUAAUUAGCCCAAUGAUAUAUUUCAUUAUUAUAAUUUUUUUUCAUGUAAAUAUCAACUAAACUUGAAAUCUUUGUAUAAAAUACACAAAAAAACCUGUUAAGUAUCAACUCAUUAUAUGGUACGUUUAUACUUGACAACUUCUGUGUGGGAGUCAUUCACUGCUUAUUUCUCGAGCCUUAUGAAAAAAACAGCGGUCUUUGAACACAGAUUUCAUUUUCUGUCGCUUUCCUUAGGAAAUUCACAUAGUAGUGACCAAUGAUACACCGAUUUUGGAGAAAGAAUAAGCCAUAGGCUCCUGAAAUAAGGCAGUCUUUUUUUCCAGGGUAUGACUUCAUCAUGUUCAUGCUCAUGAAAAAUCUGUUUGUUUGUUGUUUUUUUUGAAAAACUGCAUAUUUCAGACCAGAAUGACUCCCUCAGAAUUUUCAUCUGAUAUGUUAAUUUUGGCUAUUCAUAUACCCAAAGGAACAAGAUUGCUAUUUUGUCGAUAAUCACACUACCUGUAUUUAUUAUGAAUAAUUCCUUGUCCUUGCUAUAUGAGACAAUGCAUGAAGAGACGGGGGGGGGGGGGGGGAAGAGGAAUUGUUGCUAUAUUGUCUCAGUGAUGACCAAGUAUCAUUCAUGUGAAUAAAUAAUGCUUAAAAGUCAA